UGCCGGAAGCCGCAAACUUCUCCAGGUUGUCGGUAUCCCCGGCGGCGAGAUGCCCUCCCCAUUCUCGGUCAGAACUUUCCCGGUCAGCAUCCCCGCGGUGAUCAUGGAGACAGACUGGACAGAGCCCUGGCUCCUAGGGCUUGUCGUCUUCCAUGUGCUGUGCCUGCUCCUCACCUGCUUCUCAUCAAAGAGGUAUAAACUACAGAUCGGACACUUCCUGUGCCUCGUCACGUUGGUCUAUUGUGCUGAGUACAUCAAUGAAGCAGCUGCAAUGAACUGGAGAUCGUUUGCAAAAUACCAGUAUUUCGAUUCCCGGGGGAUGUUCAUUUCUCUCGUGUUCUCAGCACCAUUGCUGGUGAACGCCAUGCUCAUCGUGAUUAUGUGGGUUCGGAAGACUUUGAACGUGAUGUCUGACCUAAAGAACUUGCAAGAACAGAGAAAGGAGAAGAAAAGGAGAAGGAAGGAGGAAUAGCGCCUAGCUGUUGCUGUGGACCUUGUUUUUCUUUGACUGCUUGUUUCCAGCUGUAAGCUGCACAGGGCCCAGAUGUCCUCUGGCAGCGGACUCAUGGUCUGGAAAAUGGUUCUUAGAUUUCACACCCACAAACAUGGAGCCUUCAAAGAGCAUCAGUGUCACCUGGAUGCUGAUUGAACACAGAACCACAUUUGCCUGGUGGGAGCUCUGGUUCAGCCGCAGGAAGAGUCCCAUGCGGCUUCGCACGGUUUGCUGGCAGACCGCAUCCUGAAACUAAUGUUUACGCUGUCUCGAGUAUGGAAACUGAGAAAUAAACAGCCCCAUCCUGCUUGUGGCACCACGACCUGCUCACUGUUCUGUGUCUGACCUGCAGGGCUUGCUCUUAGUUAAGAGUGAUCUUGUUCCCCCAGAGACUUUGGUGACAUGGGUCACCACAGAUAGGCAUGGCACAUGUGUUUGUCGAGCAGAGACUAGGAUGCUGAAAUCCUACAGGACACAGGAUAGCCACCCGCCCCACCCCCCGGGGAAUAUUGUUCUGUAUGUGGUGCCAGCAGCACCCAGGCAGGGGGAACUGCGCGGCAGGUCUGGAAAAGAAUGUAGUGUAGCAGUUCCCAUGAAGCUAAGCCUCUGAAGAAUUGAGUUGGGGCUCUGCCACUGAAAAUGUUUUGUUUAAAAAUAUUAAGCUAGCAUGGAAGCUGUAAAGUCCAGACUCCAUGGGAAAUAGUAUGUCAGAUGAACCGUUUGCUGUUGUUUUCUGUGGGUACGGAAUUAUAAAUACUUGCAUGCUCGGUGAAUGGCGUGGCUGUUUCUCUACAGCCUGUGCCAGGCGCAGACCUGUUCCUCCUGAGUCACAUCUUGUGCAGCUGGGGGUUGGCAAGCACAGAGAAGGACACGUUGGUUCUGUCUCGUCAGAUGUCCUUAGUUUCUAUGGAAUCUGGAGCAGUAAAUCUCCAGAAAUUUCCAAGUACUGGAGACUAGACUUAGAAACAGCAUUCAGUACUGGGAACUCUAUAGACUCUUAGCUUUAGUUUAAAGAAAUAUUUGUGAAUAGUUUUCUUUAAUUUAGGUGGAGUUUUCUCCUUUCGUAAUGAAACAUUCUUGCAAGUUCUAAAAUACAGUAAAAUCUAGAUAAAAGUAUUUAAACAGUUAAAAGUAGACAGUCUGGUAGAUUCCAGUUAUGUCCUAGAGCCCAGCUCUUAGAGAAAGGCCCCUGACUGAAUGUGACAGUCUGUUAAGGUGUGAGAGCUUGGCUCCUUCAUGAGGCCACUGCAGCCUGCAGCUGACCUGAGUUCUCAAUUGCUUAAUUUGUUCCACUUUUACAUUGUACCAAAAAAGUACUAAAGGAAAUAGCAUAGUAUAUUAAGUCAGAUUUUUGAAUUUAAAAUCACACUGUUAAGUCAUGGACAUUGUAUCUAAUGGUGUGUUUCUGAAAAUUACUGGUUCAGGUGUUUAAUCAUUUUAUGGUUACAAAGGCACUCGCUAUAACAUUGGUUAGUUUCACAAAAAAUAAAAAAAAUUGAUCAGUUACAUUUAGUUAGAUUAAUCUGAAGCAGGAGAGUGUCAGGGAGUUUAGAACUUACCAACCAGAUCUGUUCCCCUUGGCCUUUGUGUCCAAGGCUUGUGGUACAAAAUGUGUCAGGGAGUGGUUGAGCUGCCUGAGUCCCGAAAUUGUGCAGGACAGCUUCAUGGGUGCUGGAGAGGAGAGAGAGGAGCCAGGGCACUUGUAGGUGUUGCGCACUUUACAGCACUGGUUCCAUUGUUUGGACUGACUGCAUUUGGAACCAAUCAGCUUGAUCUAAUUUUCUCUGAUAAAAUAGUACGAAGGUAUUAUUACUCCACCGUAUAUUGAUAUUAAUACCUCAGACUUUACAUAACCCUGACCUUGACUUUUGGGCUUUUGUGCCUUUUCUCUGCAAAUGUGGUUGUGAAUGCGCACAUGCUUAGUUUUUGAGACAAUUAGAGUUGUUGGUUUUUAAAAAGACAAUAUUUGGAGUUGGAGAAAUGGCUUGGUUGGUACUUUCCUUUUCCUUUUAAGCAUGAAGGCCUGAGUUUGAACUCACUUAAAAUUUAUGCAUGCUUACAUGCACUGUAAUCCUAGCCCCUGGAGAUGUGGAGACAGACAGAUGUCUGGAGUUCCCUGACUAGCCAGCCUAGCCUGCUUGGCUAGCUCUAAACCAGAGAGACUGUCUCAAAAAUGAGAUGGGGACUUAUAAGAUAUCUCCAUGUGUAAGGGUGGUUGCUGCCAAGCAUUGCAAUCCAAGUUCAGUUCCUGGAAAAUCUACAAGUUGGCCUCUAAAUAAAUACACACACACACACACAAGUAAGUAGAUGUUUUAAGAAAAAAUAGGCAUUCCUGAGGAACAACACCUGAGGUUGUCCUCUGCCUUUCACAUGUGCACAUGUGCACACUGGAACACACAACACACAUGCAAAUGUUUUGGGUUUUGCGAGACUCACACUCAGUAACUUAAAUUAUACUUUGAAGAAUUGUCAUAAUAUUGUCCUUAUUAAGGAAAAUCACGCAAGCCAGAAUUAUGAGCAAGCAAUUGGGUUUGUCAGUGCAUCUAUGAGGAUUUUCCAGACUUGACCAUUGCUGUGUUCACACUUCUGUAGUGCAAGGUUCACAGGCAGCCCGAUAGACAUAGUAAACGUUGUUUUACUGACUAGUUACUGAAAGCAGAGGAAAGGCCUAUGAUAACCAUUUUACACAUUCUAGCCCCUGAAAUCUAUGUUUGUUGAUUACUGUGCAGUACUAUAUAAUAAA